CUAAGUCCUGUUGCAGAGUCCACGUCAGCAUGCACCUCAUCCACUUCCACAGAUCAGGACAUGGAUUCAGAUCAAAGUUAUGGAGAAAUUGAUCAUGUAAGUGUGGCUUCAGCUUCACACAGUGUAUCCGUACAAUGCCAGACAACACCAUGCACCACACACGUUGCAACUCAAACCCGUCUCCCUAAAAUGGUGCAAGCAUCUGCUCACAUGCAUUGUACGGGGAUCCAGGCUCAGCCAAGAACUGUCUCAUGUGGAGUCAUCUGUAAACUUCUUGAUGAUGUCCCAACUCAGGAGUCCAGUUCAGACAGCAGCAAUGAUGAUGAUGGGAGAGAUCCAGAAUACCAGCCCUGUUAUGAUGGUCCAUCGUCAGACUCGGAUGGUUCAAGUUCCACUCACAAUAAUGAAGGCUCCAGUAAUAUCCACAAGGAGAGAAAGUUCAUCGUGUUUGAAUCCCAACUGAUGAAGUUGUUCAACAGAUGCAUUUCCUGUGGUGGUUGUUUGGUGACAAUGAAGAGCUAUAGGAAAGGAGGGAUGUUAAGGGUUCGGCAGUCCUGUGAGUUGUGUGACGACAGAACCACCUGGGAUAGCCAGCCCUGGUUAAACAAUACACCGGCUGGGAACAUCCUUCUCUCAGCAUCCAUCUUGUUUGCAGGUGGAACAGUAGCACAGACUUUUCGUGUGCUCCAAUAUAUGGGUGUUGCUACCAUGACGCAACGAAACUUCUUUAAGCAUCAGAAGCAGUUCCUGCUUCCAGCUGUGAAUGCAGUAUUUGUCAGUAAGCAGACGAGACUGAUUAUGGAAAUUGCAGCAGAGGGUGACCCUCUGGUUAUUGGAGGGGAUGGUAGGGCAGACAGCCCUGGACACAGCGCUAAGUAUGGAUCAUACACAGCCCUUGAUCUCGAACGGAACAAGAUUCUUGAUAUCCAACUGGUACAGAGCAACGAAGUGAAAGGGAGCUACCAUAUGGAGCUAGAAGGCUUCAAACGAACUCUAGAGAAGCUCAACACCAGUGGGCUAGUUGUUAGUAAGCUGGUAUCAGACAGGCACAGGCAGCUUGCGAAAUAUGUGCGGGAGAAAACUGACAUCAGCCACAUGUUUGACGUGUGGCACAUCGCCAAAGGUACGCGUGAACAGUUCAUUGAUUGUAUUAUUCUCACAGGAUUGAAGAAAAAAGUGGAUAAACUUUCAAAGGUGAAGAACUGUGGGGCAGUGACUGAAUGGUCCAAGAGUUUAAACCACCAUAUUUACUGGUGCGCAUCCAGCACCACAGAUGACCAGUCGGCACUGCGUGCUGCCAAAUGGCUCUCGUUAGUAAACCACAUUCAAGGAGUUCACCAUGGCCAUUCAGAAUUGUAUCCUAACUGUGAGCACGACAUUCUGGAUGGCGAUCGCAAAAAAAAAUAUAUGAAGCCAAGUACACUAGCGACCGAAAAGUUGACGAGUAUCCUGACCAAGACGAUGCUUCUUAACGAUAUCAAGAUGAUGUCAACAAUAAGGCAGACAUCAGUGGUGUUUUGAAGUGGUCUUAAUUAUGGUGGCUUUAAAGGGACAUCGCAAAUAUAUAUUGACGCCAAUAUUGACGCCAAUAUUUGCGACAUUUACCC